CAGAAGCCAGACUGAGCCAGCGCAAUGGAGGCAAAAAUGGAUUCAUCUGACGACCGGGGAGUGCAGCUCCUGGACAUCAGCUCCAACUCGCCCUCUCCUGAGCCCCGAAGUGCGGAGGAGGUGUCAAGCCAGUGGGCGAAACCACCCUAUUCAUACGUGGCUCUCAUCGCUAUGGCAAUAGAAGACUCUACGGACAAGAGACAAACGCUGGGCGGAAUAUACGACUUCAUCAUCUCCAACUUUCCCUACUAUGAGAAGAACAAAAAAGGUUGGCAAAAUAGCAUACGACACAAUCUGUCUCUCAAUGAGUGCUUUAUCAAAGUCCCCCGGGAGAUUGGGGCUGACAAGAAGGGCAACUUUUGGAUGCUGGACCCCGCAUUUGAGGACAUGUUUGAGAAGGGGAACUACCGGCGGCGGAGGAGGGUGAGGAGACCCUACAGACCAUCCACCGUUCCUUACUUGACCGGGAACCCCGUGGACUUGUCCAAACCUCUCUACCUAGAACCUUUUGUGAGCGGCACCUGGGGUCUGUGCAUUCCCGGCUCCGAGCCCUCUCGAUACCCACCUGUGCAUCCCCGCAGCGUGUCUCCCAACGGGACAUAUUGCACGGUCCCAAACUUUUACCACCCUCCAUACGGUGGCACUGGUUACCAUCACCACCCGUCCGUACUGGUCCCUCAAAACGUGUGCACCUACGGCGGAGUGACCCAGCCGAUGAGUCCAGAGGGAAGCAGCCUGUCAGUGGCCUGCAGCCAGCAGUUCACAUGUCAUCAUUCAUCAUUUGACCAGUAAGGU